AUGAAGACGUCAGUAUUUAUAGCAAUCUUUAAUUUACUUGUUUGUGCUCUUGCAUACGCAGAUUUAACAGGAACAAUUAAGGUCAAUGACAAAAAGAUUACCCUUGGUGAAUUCAAUACUCAAGAAGUCAGACAAUUGACAGUCAAUUCUCCAAAAGAUAUAAUAGAAAUUGACUUGAACAGUAAGGAUAUUGAUGGUAAGCCUGACCAAAUUAUGAUUAGUUUGGCAGAUGUCCAAAAUCCAGCUAUUGUUACGCAUUAUGUUCCUGUGGUCAAAGAAUCGAAAAUCAAAUUGAAUAUCAAAGCACUUUCAAUUCCAGAAGUUUUGAAAACUAAAGAUAAAUUAGUUUUGGCCAUUGUUAUUGCUGACUCAAAAUCAAAGAACAACAUGAUUAGAAGAUUGGUUGAGGUCUUGCCAAGUCCCGAAUUCAAGAGUACAAGUAGGUACCAAGCUAAACCAAGAAUUGGCAUACAACCAGAAAUUCAUCACAUUUUUAAAGAGGACGAGAAGACUGUUAACCCAAUUGUGCCAGUUCUAUUCAUAAUUGCAGCUUUUACUUUACUUCUUUGUUUGUUCGGCUCAUGGGUCGGUUUCAUUGGAAUUGACAAUUUAUUUAGAACUUUCAAGACUAUCAGUAAAGUCCAAUUGUUGCACAACGUUAGCUUUUUGAUUUCAGUUUUGGGAUUUGAAUUGAAUUUUGCCAAGUAUUAUUUGGGCCAAUCAAUUUUCACCACUUUGUUUUAUGGGUUUAUUUUGAGCAUCCCAUGUGUUUAUUUUGGAGUAAGCGUUUUGAGAAGUUUGGCAAAAAACCGUGCUUUAGGUAAGUAA